GGAGAUCUGAAGGCGAAUCUCCCCCGAUAGAUGCAGUAGCAGCAGUUGUCAGACAUUGCACAGCCAACAGACGCUGCCACAGCCAACAGACACUGUCAGCCAGUGCCGGCUCCUGUAAGGUACGAGGAGGAGAUCUGCACAGCACCGCUCCGGCGCACUUUGCGACGGCCUGAGGCGUCAGCACGGCACAGAUGUGGGUUUUGGCAGCAACAGUCUCAGCAGCGCUUCUCGGGACUGCCACAGCAGGUCAGUGCGGAGGAGAUAUGGAGAGGAUCACAAGAAGGCCGCAGUUAGCGGGCCUGUCCGUGCUGUUUGUGUUUGCAGUGUCGUUUGUGCAAGAUGCGCUGCCGUAUGCUUAUGACGCGUUGGAGCCGGCGGUCGACGCGCAGACAAUGGAGCUGCACUUUAGCAAACACCACGCAGGAUACAUCACAAACCUCAACAAGGCCAUCGCGUAAGGCCUUGAGAGAUGGAAGGGCAGAGCAGAGCAGCGGAGUGGCUGAUGUGUCAAUCCAUCCUCAUCAUUUCUCUCGCGUGUGUCUUACUUGUCUGUCAGGACCAAUGCGUCGUCGUUUGACAGCCUGUCGCUUACUGACAUAAUCGAGGUCGCUAAAGAGCAAGAUGGUACGUAGCCAACCAGCUGUAGGCCGACAUGAGCAUGCGACAUUCUGUGUGUGUGUAUAUGUGUGUGUGUGUGUCAGUCUUGGUGCGCAACAACGGAGGCGGCGCCUACAACGUGAGCCGACAGACAGACAGACAGACAGACAGACAGAUAGGCUGUGAUCCAAUCCACACAUGCUCUCACUUGGUGUGUCUUCCUUCCCCCAUCGCACCCCGCCCCGCUGCAGCACGAUCUGUUUUGGAAGGCCAUGGCACCAGUGGACGGGGUCGGCCAGCGGUCCGCCGCACUCGAACAGGUGAGUCACGCACAGACGACAAAUGGCACAUCGACUGACUGAUCGGUGAAAUGCCUCUUCCCAACGUGUGUCCAUCCCUCAGGCUAUCACGAGUGCGUUCGGGUCUUACGAUGCCUUCGAGGAAGCCCUCAGCGAGGCGGCGGGAAGCGUGUUCGGGUCAGGGUGGGCAUGGCUGGUGGUCGGCCGCACAGGCGCACUCUCCAUCAUGACCUCACCCAACCAGGUGAGCACGCGGUGAGAUCUGUCGGCCUGUGUGUGCACGUGUGUAUGUGUGUGUCAUCCGACCAUCCAUCCAUCCAUCAGGACUCUCCCCUGAUGGGCCUUGAGGCGAUUCCCAUAUUGGGUAUCGACGUCUGGGAGCAUGCUUACUACCUCAAUUACCAGAACAGGAGGUCGGCAAGGGAGAGGGGAGGGAAGCGAUCCACACGCGCAGCACGUCCAUCUGUCUAACGAUUCUCUGCUGCUAUAGGGCUGAGUACAUCGCCGCCUGGAUGAACAUCAUCAACUGGACACAGGUACGCACAGAGACACACUACACUCGCUUUGCCAUGCCAAAAGCUCCCAUCCCUUUCUCCCUCCAUCCAUCCAUCCACUCGUUCAGGUGUCUGAGAAUUUUGAGAGCUACGCGUUGGAGGGCAGCCCGGUGCCAUCCCUGACAGAGGAGGAGGCCACCACCGCUCCACCACCAGAAGACUCAGACGCAGACGUUCUCAGCGCCGCUGCCAACGGCGAUACGCUCAGAAGCAGACAACUCGCAGAGGCAGACGCACCAGGUAGGAGGGAGGACCUUUGUUGGGCGCCAGGUCAUCCGUCCUAAAUCGUGCCUUGUGUGUUGACCUGUUUGGUGUGCAGUGGUGUUCGAGCAGGCGGAGCUGCCGUAUGCUUAUGACGCCUUGGAGCCGGUGAUCGACGCGCAGACAAUGGAGCUGCACUUCAGCAAACACCACGCCGGAUACAUCAACAAACUCAACACGGCUAUCUCGUAAGGGAGACCACACAACAAGAGGACACACACACAUCCAUCCAUCCAUCCAUUCAUUCACAGGACUCUGAGUGAGGUGCCGACUGAGCUGACGGCCCUGCUGCCGAAGAUCAAGACACUCGGCGGUGAGUGUAGCCACGACCAUUUGCUUCCCGUCAUUCGGCAACACACUGACUGACAGGUCUAUGUAUGCCUUGUGUACGUGUCUCGAUGUCAGCUGCUGUGAGGAACAACGGAGGCGGCGCAUACAACGUGAGCAGGGCUGGAUGCAACAGAAACACAUGCAUACAUACAUUUCCCGUUCCCUCCCGUCCCCUCCCCUGAUCUCCCCCUGUGCACCGCUGCAGCAUGCCAUGUUCUGGGAGACCAUGGCGCCCAACGGCACAGCCGCCAGCCAGCCGUCAGAAGCCCUCAUGAAGGCAAGCGACCGACCCACGCCCCCAAGUCCCCACAUACCCCUCGAGCACGGACCAUUGUGAGGCCAUUCACCGUGUGUGUGCAGGCCAUCGAGGUGUCCUUCCCGUCCUUCGAGGCCAUGCAGGAGCAGUUCAGCAUCCGUGCCGGAAGAGUGUUCGGGUCAGGCUGGGCGUGGCUGGUGGUCGACCCCAAGGACCCCCAGAACCUCGCCAUCGUGACCACGCCCAACCAGGAUAGCCCCCUGAUGGACGACGAUGCAGGCGACGCCAUGAUCCCCAUAUUGGGUUUGGACGUCUGGGAGCAUGCUUACUAUCUCAAAUACCAGAACAGGAGGUCGGCAGGGCAGGGCAGUAAAGGUCGCGGGCAAGCGGCAUCUCAUCUGUCUCUGUGGCUGGCUGUGUGCGUCAACCAGGGCGGAUUACAUCGCUGCAUGGUGGGGCCUGGUCAACUGGGAUAAGGUGAGUAGCACUAAGCACACACAACUGCCUGUGCGGUGUGCGUGUGUCCUGAUCCAUCCAUCCAUCCAUCCGUCCGUCCGUCAGGUGUCGUCAUUCUACGACGAGUAUGCGUCCAAGGGCCAGCCCGUCCCCCUCCUCACCAGCACACAGCAAGGCGGCGCCCAACCAGAGGAGGGCAGCCCCGACUCCUCCAGUGCUCUGUCGGUGACGGCGUCGGUCAUGUCUCUGCUGCUGCCGACGCUGGUCGUGGCCAUGGCUGUCGGUGGUGGGGUGCGGUGGUGAAGCUGGUGUCUCGUGUGUCCG